CUCCUCUCCUCACCGCGACGAGGGCCCCCUUUUUGCCCUCUCGUAACGCACCAACGCUUGCUCUGUCUCUCCCAGGGUCGCGCAAAAUGGCGACGAAGGCAGCCUUCCGUCUUUCUGACGCGAUCAAGAACACCGGGCGACCGCCGAUUCCACAAGCGUAUGGAUGGGCCGAAUCAUACACUCCAACAUCAUCACGGCCCCUCCUCGACAUGUCCCAGGGUGUCCCAGGCGUCCCUCCUCCAUCCACCCUCCUGGACGCGCUCGGACACGCAGCUGCCGACCCACAGAACUGCGGAUACCUCCCCAACGCUGGGACCCUUGAGCUCCGCACAGCGAUGGCGGCAGAGAUGAAGGAGGUGUAUGGUCAGGAUGCGGACGUCACCCCUCAAGAUCUCAUCGUUACUGCAGGGUGCAACAUGGCGUUCGUCACGGUGGCCAUGACGCUUGCCGACAAGGGAGACGAGAUUAUCUUGCCCGUACCUUGGUACUUCAACCACGAGAUGUCGCUUACGAUGCUCGGGAUCAAGCCUGUGCUUCUGCACACAUACGCGCGCGAGGGAUUCCUGCCAUCCACGGAACGCUGCGCCGCGUUGAUCACGGAGAAGACCAAAGCAAUCGUCCUCGUCUCCCCCAACAACCCCACGGGCGCUAUAUAUCCUCCGAGCCUCCUCGCGUCCUUUGCAGAGCUGGCCCGCUCACGCAACGUCGCACUCGUGGUCGACGAGACCUACCGCGACUUCAUCACCACACACGCCCCACACCAGCUUUUCGCCCCAGCAGCAGACUGGCGCAGCACAUUCAUCCACCUAUUCUCCUUUUCCAAGUCGUACUGCAUCCCCGGGCACCGCCUCGGUCUCAUCUGCGCGUCGCCCGAUGUCGUCCCCGCGCUCUGCACGGCGCUCGACUCGCUCCAGAUCUGCGCGCCGCGGGCUCCGCAAGUCGCACUUGGGCCGCUCAUCCCCUCUCUCCGGCCUUUCGUACGGGAAACGGCCGACGCCGUCGCGCACAGACAUACACUGUUCAAGGCGAAGCUGCCGAAGAAGUGGCACAUCGGCUCGCAAGGCGGAUACUAUGCGUUCGUGCGGCAUCCGUUUAAGGGCAUACACGCGAACGCGGUGUGCGAGCGCCUAGCGAAGGACAUUGGGGUUUUGUCGCUCCCCGCAGGGUUCUUUGGCCCGAAAGGAGACGAAGAAGGCACCGUGGGAGACGAGGACCGUUGGGUGCGAUUCUCGGUUGCCAAUGUGGAUGACAAGAGGGUUGAGUUGGUUUGUGAAAGACUGGCGGAGAGCGAGCAGGCCUUCGGAUGGGAGCUAGACUAGAAUCAUUAAACAUCCCCUAGC